AGUGCGCCUGCGCGGCGCCUCCCUCCCCUCGCCCCGCCCCCCCUCUCCUCUUCCUGCUGUCGGAGAAGCGCCGUUGUCUCGCAGUGAGAGUCUCCGUCUCCCUUUCCCGGACCUUCGCCUCGGCCUCCGCCUCCGCCUCCAGCCCCACGGUCAGCGCCAUGUUCUCCUGCGCCAAGUUCGUCUCAACGUCCGCCCUGGUCCGCAGUAGCUCCAGGCUGCUUUACAGACCCGUAUCUGCCUCGGUGCUGAACAGGCCUGAGGCCAGGACCGAGCAGAAGCCGUGCGUAUCCAGCGCGCUGGUUCAGCUGGCCCGCCGGGAGUUCCAGACGAGCGCACUGAGCCGGGACAUCGACACGGCCGCCAAGUUCAUCGGGGCUGGAGCUGCCACCGUGGGCGUGGCCGGCUCGGGGGCCGGGAUCGGAACCGUGUUCGGGAGCCUCAUCAUUGGAUACGCCAGGAAUCCCUCGCUGAAACAGCAGCUCUUCUCCUACGCCAUCCUGGGCUUCGCCCUGUCCGAGGCGAUGGGUUUGUUCUGUCUGAUGGUCGCCUUCCUCAUCUUGUUUGCCAUGUGAGGGAUUAGUCUGUCAAACCAGUUGAACUGUACAACACUUGUAAAUGUCUGACCAUGUUUCAGGAGUGCGUGUGUCUGUGUAAGGUGGGGUGAGGGUGAGGGGAAGCACAGAAGGAUCUCCGUAGAGGUCUGAGCUCAUGUCCAGAAAGCAUUGUACAUUUCUGAAAAAAAGUGUCAUCUGAGAAAUCUUAAUAAAUCUUUAAAUAAA